AUGCAGCACCAACAGUUCCUUUUAAUAGCUUUGUACUACCCGCUCCUCCAGGGCAUGGAGAACAUCAUCAUGUACAGAUCCUACAUGUAUCUAAUGCUGCACACCCUCUGCAGCAAGUGCAGCAUGCAGAGUAUCCAUGCAUCUGGCUCUGAACCUGGGGAUUACCGCUUCAACCUGCACUGCCUGGAUAAGGGAAUCUUUUCCUGGAGUGCCCGGAACCUGCGGGAGACAACAAUGCUGACCACCCCGAGCCUAGAGUGCAGCUUCUUCACUUUUCUCCCCUUCAGGCCGCCCUCUACCCCUACCAUCUACCCCACCCCAUCAUACCGGGAGAAAGACCAGAAGAAGGAGCAAUUUGAAUCCACCCAGGGUAAAAUGCCCAGAGGGCCGAAGAACAAGGUCGGCCCUGCCUGUGUGGAGACCAGCAGCUCAGAUCUUGUUGCCCAGGUUCCCGCAGAAUCAAGCGACGGGUCUCCAUCUGGCCCCCUCCACAACAGCACAGAAGGUUCCUCCACUGCUGCUGCGGAUUCGAUCAUAGUUGAGAACCCCGGGAUGCCUUCCAAGGGCUGUGUGCAGACGAAAAGGCGUUCCGACCUCCUAGGCAGCCAGAGUUCUCCUGCAGACCUUAGAUGUGCAGUGGCCGAGACCAGCCAGGAUACUGUGCGCGAGGGCAGAAAAGCCACCAUGGGGAAACCCACAAGGGGCAUUGGCCAGAUCAGGGGGCAUCCGAACCAGAUCAAGAGCCCAGGGAACAACCGUGGCAAGAAGUACCCGUACCGCGGAGAGCCUGCCCAGAGUCAGAAGCCUCUAAGUCCUCUGUUAAGUUCUCAGGCUUCUACGCGGAGUCAUACAUCCCGCCAAGCGCCUGCACUCGAAGGCCAGGCCGCACCACCAGGCCCUGCUCUUCGCAGCCGUGCAUCCAGGCCAGGCCCGGCUCUCCGCAGCCGCGCCACGCCGCCGGGCCCCGCACUCCGCAGCCGCACAUCCAGGCCAGGCUUUGCCAUCCCGAGCCACGCCGCUCCCUCGGGCCCAGCUCUCUGCAGCCGCGCCACGCCGCCGGGCCCAGCUCUCCGCAGCCGCGCAUCCAGUCCAAAUCCUGCUCUCCGCAGCCGCGCCACGCCGCCGGGCCCGGCUCUCCGCAGCCGCGCAUCCAGUCCAAAUCCUGCUCUCCGCAGCCGCGCCACCCCGCCGGGCCCGGCUCUCCGCAGCCGCGCAUCCAGGCGAAGCCCUACUCUCUGCAGCCGCGCCACCCCGCCAGGCCGUGCUCGCAGGAGCCGAGCCACCACACCAGGUCCUGUUGUCCGUAGCCGUGCCAAGCAGCGAAGAUCAGCCCUCCGCAAGCGCCCCUCUCUGCCUGGGCCUACUGGCCGGAGUCCUGCUUCCACGCCCGGAAGCCUUGUCUUAGGGAGCCGCCCAAGUUCCCCUGAUCCGGAGGCUCCACGCCUUGCCUCCCAGCCAGGUCGUGCGCUCCGCAUGCGUGCCUCCUCACCCUCGCCUCCGGGCAGGUUUUUUUUUUUUCCUUUCUUUGGGCAACGUGGUGAGAGUGUGUCCUCCUCCUCUCCUGGGUCUCCUAGCCAAGGCCGCUCCUCCUCUCCCUCUGGGUUUUCUGACUGGAGCGCCUCUUCGUCUUCCCCUUCCCCUUCCCCUGGGUUUUUGGGACUGAAUUCCAUCUCUACUCCUAGUCCUGCUAGCCUUAGGCGCGUCUUACUGCCUGAGCUUGAUUCCCUGAGCCCUGCUUUUCCAGCAGAGUAG